AUGGCAGAUCUACUAUUUCGGACCUUGGUUCUGUUUAUACCAGCGGUUAUAGCUACACAGGUGAGCCCAGGAGCAGAUAGAGCUAGAUCAAAGGAUUCGUCCCACUAUUCAGCAUUGCACAGCCAUCGAGCACAGAGUCUUUGCGAUUUUGUUCGCUUUGAUCCUAUCGAGCCGAACUUAUUCAUCCCCGGCGAAAUUGGACCCGUCAUCAUGUUUUACAACGAGUCCGAACCUCAGUCUGUGGAUAUGGUGUGCCUACUGAGUGAAAUAGUGCCACAUGCCUAUCACACUCCCAUUGAACUCCCACUCAAAGGCGGUAUGGUAUGCAUGCAGCUACUUACGCACCCAUCAACUCCUGGAGAACUACAUGUGCUGAUUACCUCCCAGAGAGAGAUAAUGCCGUUUUGUGAGACGCAGGUUUUUGGCUCGUUGCCAACUCAGAUUGAGGUCGGUUGA